AUGCCCAAUCAAAGCCGCCGGCUGCCGAAUAGGGCUAAUGAUGACGUCCAUGUACCGGCCCUCGUUUUCUCCGCGAGAAAUGGGCGUACCAUAUCAGCUACUCCUGCGAUCCCAGCAUCUUUGAUUUCUUCGGCAACACUUCGGAUACAUACCCCAGAUUGUGGAGGAUCGGAUAGCAAGAGCGGUGAGCUCAAUCCAGAAGAGUGCGGUUGUGGGAUUGCGACGAGCCCAAAACCAUCCUUACCCGCCUCUGUCCGUGCUACGGCAUAUACCCCUACACAUACCCAGUCGGCAGUACGCACACGCAAACAAACAGAGGGCAAUUUCGAGCUUCAAGUAUUAUCAGGUUCGGAGUGGGAAGCUGUUGAUAUUGCUAAAGCCAGGGAAGCUGAAGAAAAGCAGGCAAAAGCAAAGAGCAAGAAGGGCCCCAAGGCCCUCAGCAACCUUCAGUUGAAUUCCGAACGUGAAGAGCGGAGAAUGUCACGAAACAGACCAAGAGGCCCUCCCACCCGGGACAACGGUGCGGCUGCCAAUGAGGAAAUUGAAAUGUGGAAUCGAAUACGUCAAGAUAUAUUCAAGGCUGCUGAGAAAAAUGAGAAACAAAAAGUCCCAGGGCUCCAACUAGCUGCGCUAAAGGAGAAAAUUACAAAAGCCAACCGAAAAGCCACGCCAUCUGAGCUUGAACAAAUGGAAAACUACGAGCGUAUCAUAAACAAGUACAGCGAAGAGGAACGUGCUAUCUUACGUGAUGAGCCAGCAGAUGUCAUUAAAAACCUCGAGAUCCUAAUCGCCCUACGCUCAGCGUCCGAGGCUGACCCUCAGCCCCGCACCGGACCCGCUGGCAAGCCACGGAAACGGAAGACAGAAUCUGAUACCCCAGCUUCCGAUUCUCCCACCACUUCGAUGGCCGAUAAGCUAAAUCGGCUCAAAAGCAGCACCCAUAGAAGCGCUAGCGUCUCAAGCAACCAAGCCCGUGAAGCGGUUUCUGUCAAGAGUGAGGAUGGAGGUGAGGGCACGAAAGGUACCGCAGCAGAAAAAAGUGGACAUCUAUUCGUUGGGGCAGAAGUUGUUUUCAAACACAACAAGAAGCAACAGGGUGUGGAGGGUGAAGGCAUACAAUGUAUCAUCAAAAGCAUAGCGGGGGAAGGUCAUAAGAAACGUUACGAUGUCCAAGAUCCGGAACCCAGCGAAAACGGCGAGGAAGGUGCGGUCUAUAAAACAUCUGCAGCUUCACUAAUUCCCAUUCCCCAAGUCGGCGCUUCACUGCCUUCUUUCUCCGUUGGAAAGCAAGUCCUCGCCAGGUAUCCCGAUACCACAACAUUUUACCGUGCCGAGGUAAUGGGCUCCAAGAAGGACGUAUAUCGAUUGAAGUUUGAGGGAGAGGAGGACGACAAGGAGAUGGAUGUCGACCGCCGCUUUGUGCUCGACAUUCCCGGAAAAUAAUAAGGCUGGCCUUAUUAUUUGACAACACGGCCUCUUCAUAGUCGGUACUUCUAUGUACUGUCCAUUGGAGUGCACGUACGGUUAACUUGUGUAGCAGCACUUAUUCGUUUGUGUUUCAUAUCUCUGGUUUUGUUUCGGGUGUGGUUGCGAUCUCAUUCUAGGAUUGGCACACCUAGUGGUGUUGGAUACAGGAGGUGGGAUUGGGUUUUUGAUAUGGGUCCAAGUGCUAUUGGGACUGGAGUAUCGACUUGCAUGUCUUUUAUUUCUAUUGAAUUUUGUAUACGGUGGUAUCCUGUUUAUGUUUCCUAUGAAGAAGGACUAGUAAUAUCAGGACCACACAAUUUAACUUUCAAAUUUUGCG